AUGUCAUUGCGAUCAAGUCGAUGGACGCAGUGGCGCCAGAAGCGGAAGCUUAAUACUGCUAUACGAUUAGGUUUUCAUCAGUUAUUUUUACUUUUAUAUUCUCAGCGUUUAUUUUUUGGAGGCGUCAAGCUAUCUCAGAUGGAAAUUGGUACGAGAGACACUGAUCAGACACAAAAUGUCAAUGUGACUGAAACUCAAACCAUCGAUGCUCCGAUAAUGCUCCAUGACGAGCAUGAUCUACGUUCGGAGUUUGUUGGAAAUGAGCAAGACUUACUAAUUGAACCCAUUCACAACAACAUUACGAGCAACAAUAAUGAUGUUGUCAAAACUUCAAAACCACAGAUACCGCCUUGUAAUCGCGAUGAGAUCUCCGGAACAGAUAUCGCUGCUAGUCUUGUCUUAUUGAAGAGGAAACAUCAUCUAUCAAUUACUUGCAUUAAUGAUAUCAUUCGUUUACUCGAGAAGCUUCAUGUUUUUAACACACCGUCUAGUUGGUACAAAGUUAAACGUAUGUUGAAUAAAUCACAACCAAUAUCGAAGAAAUUUUCAAUAUGUCCCGUUUGUGACGAAUCCAUAUCAUAUACAGCAAAUUGUCCAAGUUGUCUAACAAACUAUUCGAACAAGUCACAAUCAUUUAACAUUUUCUCUAUAACAAAACAGCUUCAAAACAUUCUAAUCAAUAAUCCAAAUGUUGAUCUGUUGUAUCAGAAUAGAACGUCGUCUAUGAGAGAUGUUUGUGAUGGUGCUGCUUACCGUUCGAUACGUAAUCGUGACUCGAAUUCGAUUCUGACUUUGACGAUGAAUAUUGAUGGAGUCCAAUUUUCCAAAGGUUCUCAAUCAAGUCUUUGGCCGAUUCUGUUAGUAAUCAAUGAGCUUCCACCCAAAAUUCGAUUCAACAUUGAGAAUGUCAUACUCGCGGGUGUCUGGCCUGGUCCUUCAAAGCCGUCACGCAAUCAUAUUAGAUUAUUAUACCGGCCAUUAGUAGAUGAACUUCUCGAGCUUGAGAAUGGUCAUAUGUUUAGUUUGUCUAAUGGACAGAUAGUUAAGACGUCGGUUUACCUGAUCGCGGCUUGCUGUGACAAACCAGCACAAUCGAUCAUCCAGUGUAUUGCGGAGCCAAUCGCUGCAUUUGGAUGUGGACGAUGUGAAACAGAGGGUAGUACAAUACUUUUAUCUACUGAUUGA